AACAUCCCAACAUUACAACAUGCACGUGAACAAGAGAAUUGGUCGAUUCAAACAAUGGGCUGGAGAACGCAUGGGCGGAGAGGCCAAGACCUGUCUCUCGGAUGAUUUCAAGGCAAUGGAGACGGAGAUGGGCGUGCGACAUGAAGGCGUUGACCGCAUUCAUAAAUCCAUGACCUCUUAUGUCAAAGCUAUCUCGAAGCGCAAUGAGGGAGAUGACAAAGAGAAGACCCUCCCGAUUGCCCAUCUGGGGAGUAGCAUGGUGGCCCACGGCGAAGACUUCGAUGGGAACUCAGAAUACGGACAGUGUCUGAUCACAUUUGGUCGCACCGAGGAGCGCAUUGCGCGUAUCCAAGAAAGCUACAUCGCGCAGGCGACUUCAAGCUGGCUUGAAUCCCUGGAGAGAUCCCUGACUCAGAUGAAAGAUUUGCAGCAUGCUCGGAAGAAGCUCGACAGCCGACGGCUAGCGUACGAUACUUCGCUCUCUAAGAUGGAGAAGGCUAAGAAGGAGGACUUCCGCGUGGAGGAAGAACUACGCUCUCAAAAAGUGAAGUACGAGGAAGCUAGCGACGACGUGCUGCGUCGUAUGCAGGACAUCAAAGAAGCCGAAACCGACAAUGUUAUGGACAUGGGGACGUUUUUGGACGCCCAGCUUGAAUAUCAUGAACGGUCCCGUGAGGCUCUUAUGCAGCUCAAGAAUGAAUGGACAGGGCACAGCCAAGCACAGGCCCCUCCACGUCGUCCGACCCGGCCACGUGCCAACACUGCCCACUCGUACCAGGAACGCUACGAGCCAUUGCAGGAAGAGUUGAUGAAUGCCACCGACACUCGCCCUCCCAUCUAUUACGCCAUACUCCGAGUCCCCCCGCGAGAGACUUAUGGAAAUGCCAGUGGGGUUUCACGUCCCGUUCUCAGCAGGGUUCCCACCUUUGAAGGCCCAGCUCAACUGCGACAAGAACAAUCGCCAGUUGCAUCACAGUGGGUCCAGCAGCGGACUGCCAGCGAGAACCUGGGCGGGUUUGGACGUCGAGGCAGUGCCCAAGUUGGAAGCGGUCGACUCUCCGCUGACCCUUACGCCGACUCUGAAGAGGUCAGCUCAUAUGGCCGUUCUAGCCCCGAGCGGAUGUUUAGCGGUGGCAGGUCUAUAUCCCCAGCAACAUCUCACGGCAGCGUGCCAUCCCGGAGACCCAGCGCAACCAACUUGAACACUAUGGGAUCGAAGAAAGCUCCACCUCCACCUCCACCAUCUCGUGCGAAGAAGCCCCCUCCACCUCCUCCCGUGAAGCGGUCCCUCCUUGCGGCGCCAAAUGCAACUGCGCUGCCCCAGGCCACAAUCCAGCACGGGCCACUCACGUGCCUGCUGACUAACGUGCUUUGGAAAAAACUCCUUGCCAGGCUGUUGUCAGUCCUUUGCUCUGAGCACCCAGAUUUCCCCGAGCCUGUCGCGCAACUCCGUUCCCUCCCCAUCUCCAUUUUCAUCCAUCCACUUUUUGAACGCGCCAUCCCAACGCGCCUUCAACUUUUGAGUUCCCUUCCCACCUUGCCUUACCCUGGGAACUCGCCUCUUUACUCGCUUUCUUUGACUCCCUUGUCCCUGAAAGUACCCGCUCUCCCCCAUCGCAUCGGAAGCUCCGACCACGGCCCCAAACAUCACGCUUUCCAUCGCCAAGCAUCCCGUACAGUCGCCCACUGA